UUGGCCGGUGGUGCUGAGCUGAGGAGCUGCACCCAGGCGCUGGUGCGAGGAUCUGGGCCGCGGUGUCGACCUGCGGAGCUGGUGUGUGGUGCUGACCUGAGGCGUUGACCGGUGGUGCUGAGCUGAGGCGGUGACACGGGGAGACGAUCUUCGGUGCUGGCUGGGGUGCUGACCUGAAUACCUGGCAUGCAGUGCUGACCUGUGGAGCUGACCCGAUCCACACCAUGCUGGCGACGCUUCUGGUGCUGUUGGUCGCGCUCUGCGCAUCAGGCGCGGCGGAGCGGCUGCCGACGUGCCACAGCUGCCUGACCUCUGCCGCUGGCUCCGCGUGUCACAUGCGACCGGUGCGCAAGCCGGAGAUGACGUCCUCCUGCUCCUCGCGCACGGACCACUGCGUCACCGACCGGCUGCAGGACGCCGACGGCAGCCUCGUCUCCAUCGAGCGCCGCUGCUCCACGCGCGAGGAGACCAAAAUGGCGCACAACCGGUGCGAGGAGACAGAUGACGGGUACCUGCGCUGCUUCACCUUCUGUUACGGCGACUUCUGCAACCGCGGCACGGGCAGACUGUACCAGAGCACCCGCUUCUGGCAUUACGACGAGCCCCAGUACUCGGAUUACGUGUACGACCCGGAGGAGGCGGUGCUCGACCGCCGCCGGAAGUUGUCCACUUCCGGCGCGUUCGCGGCGAGGCCGGAGCUGGCUGGGGCGCUUGUGGGGAACGGCGGAGCCGGCAGAGCUGGCGGGGCCGCGUCGGGGCUCGUGUGCACGCUAUCCGGCGUGGCUGUCGCCCUGCUCUGGGCCUGGAGGAGGGCCUGAUCCCUCCCAGCACCGGGCUGGUCGUCAAGAGCCGCACCGCAAGAGUCCGUGGUGCUCAUAGGGGCUGUGGAAGGAGCCCGUGGUGUUCAGAGCGGCCAUGGAAGGCGCCCGCGGCACUCGCAGGGGCCGUGAAAGGAGUCCAUGGUGCUCAGAGGGGCCGUCGGAGGGGUCCGCGGCGUACAUAGCGAGGACAAUUCAAUGCGUUGGACCAGUUGAAGAGGAGCUCUCGCAGACACCUAGCACUGGCUGCGCUGCGAACAGUGCUUCGUUAUGCUGCGAAGGUGGAGCGAGGCUGGUCCCAAUGAAGGCUAGUUUAUUGUUUUUUGUUGGCAUGGCAGGUUAGUCCUGCAGUAUCCUGGAACGGCGCGGCAGCCACGUCCGGUUAUACGUGGUUUUCUUUAGCGUGCGUGGUUUAGCAGUGUUACGGCAAAUGCAGGCCGUUUGCUGAGUAGUGACGACACAUUUAGCGACCGUGUAUUUGUGGAUGGUUCGUGCACCAUGUGGCCUGCAAUAAAUUGUCAUGUUAGCGAUAUGCUUAGAUGAUACGGCUUGAUUUUGACGUGAGAAAAAAUUAUGAAAUAUAGCA